AUGAAGGGCACGGCGUUGGCCUUCCUGGCUCUCCUGGUGGUGGCAGGGGAAGGGAGAGGGGAUGGGAACACGGUGAAGCUCUGCGGGAGGGACUUCGUCCGAGCCGUCGUCUUCACCUGCGGCGGCUCUCGGUGGAAGAGGCAUUGGCUGGAUUCUCCCUACCUGCUGGAAAAGGACCAUCCCCUGCCUUCCUCACCAGAGGACCACGGUUCCACCAGCUCCCGGGCGGACGCAGAGCAGAGGUUGGAGGCUGACAGCAAAGAAAUCCCCCCCGGGAUGGAGCAAGACUUGCAGGGUGCCAGGAAAAGCUCUGGGCUAGGAAAACGUGAGGCAGCCAAGCUGCUGACCACCUCCUGCUGCAGCGUGGGCUGCAGCAAGAGAGAGAUCAGCUCCCUCUGCUGA